AUGAAAUUUAUAAUUUUGUCACUUUUAUGUCUGCAUUUGUUGCACUCAUUGCUUGAAGUCGAUUGCGGAGGACAUGGCAUGAGAACUCAAUAUCACGAACAGGGUUUGGAUAAUCCGCACAGUUAUAAGUUUGGUUACACCACAGGAGACCACUAUAAUCCUCAGUCUCGACACGAAGUGAGUCACGGACCGGGACAUGUGAAGGGCUCGUACUCUUUCCGCGACCCACACGGAAAAAUACACGUUGUUCACUAUGAGGCACAUCCCAAGUAUGGCUUUCGGACGCACCAUAAGAAAGGCAAACGUUAA